AUGGAAAAUUCUACAACAAGUUUGGAUAUCUCUUCUCGAGGCGAUGUUCUCAUUUCAUCGGCCGUCAUUUUUUUCGUCGCAUUUUUCGGGCUCAUUUUCAACAUUCUGGGGAUUGUUGUGGUUUUGAAAAAUCCGGUUUUGCGCAAUUCGUUUGGGACAAUGUGUUUGAGUCAUUCGGUGGCGAAUUCUGGAGUUUUGUUUGUGUUUUUUGUUUAUGUCGCACCGGCUACUUAUAUGUGAGUUAUUUUGAAAACAAUUAGAAGUUUAAGCUGAAGUUCUGAAGUCCAAUUUGGUCUAUUUUUCGUGUCAUCUGAUUUUCAAAAGUGAACUUCAGUGUCAUAAAAUUUGAGCAAGUUGCACUUUAUAAUUUGAGCCUUGAAUUGAACUUGAUGAACAAAUCUUAACAUCAAACGUCUCGAAAAAUGUGGUUGCAAUUUCCAAAAUUAAAAAAAAAAAGUUCAGUUUUUGCUCUUUUUUCUUAGUCACAGCACAUUUCAGUGCAUUUAUUCAUGUGAAAACUAGACAUUUUUGAGAAGAAGUGUUUAAUGAAAAAUCUCACGUUCGAUCUAAAAUCAAACAAUGAGAAAAUCAAAAAAUAGAUUCUUUUUUUCACGACGUCACGAUGUUUCAGACAAGCCGAGGAUACGAUGGGAUUAUUGAAUAAAAUAUUAGGACAAAUCAAUAUAUUAUUUUGGGAUGCUUGUGUUUAUUCGCAUCUUGCGAUUUCGUGUAAUCGUUUGACUUCAAUCGCAUUUCCAUCAAGGGUUAAUUUCAUAUUUUCCAAAGAGAAUACUUUUAUUAUUAUUGGGCUGGUUUGGUUUAUCGCGUGUUGUCAUAUUUUUCCCUAUUUUUGGUGUAAGUUGAGGAUUUUCGCUAAAAAAAGUUCUGCGCCGGGUGGGGGUCGAACCCUGGCUUUGCAAAAGCGCUUGCUAGCAAGGCACGCGUGCAUACCACUCGGCCACAGGGCCGUUUUGUUUCAUUGUCAAAAAUAUCGAAUAUAAAAUGCGCCCGAAUUUCAGAUGACACGUGUUAUAUCUACUAUGAUCCCUUUAGCUGGACUUGGAAUUUCGCAUCAACUGAAUGUGGUUUUGUGAUCUCCACCUAUACAGAUUAUUAUACAAGUGUUGCGAUUUUCAUUCUCAUGUCAAGUGUUGAUUUUGCAACAUUGGUACUUAAAAAAAACCAAAUUUUGGGUUUAAGCUAA